AUGCGGUUCAGCAUUGGAAUUGCCCUCUUUGCCAGCCAGAUCCUGGCUACGCCGCACUCCCUCUACAAGAGACAAGGAAACGACUGCCCUCCCAUUCACAUCUUUGGAGCUCGAGAAACGACAGCACCGCCAGGGUUCGGGGCCGCGGCCAAGAUUGUCGACGACCUCACGAAGGCGAACCAGGGGGCCACAAACGAGCCGAUUGUGUAUCCCGCGUGUGGCGGCGCAUCGGAUUGCUUGGGAGUCAGCUAUGCCGACUCGGUGAAGAACGGCACCGACUCUGUUGCCAAAGCCGUCAACGACUUCAACACGAGGUGUCCACAGACGAAGAUCGUCAUGCUGGGGUUCUCGCAGGGCGCCCAAAUCAUGGACAACGCAUACUGCGGCGGUGGAGACAGCAUCGAGGGAGUAAAAGAUACCAACGUCCUCAUCUCGCAGCAAGCCCUGGGCGCAGUCAAGGUUGCCAUCUUCAUGGGCGAUCCGCGAUACGUCUCGGGACUGCCUUACGAGGUUGGGACCUGCCAGACGAAGGGGUUCGCUCCGCGUCCUCAAGGCUUCCAGUGCCCUUUUGGAAACAACAUCAAGUCCUUCUGCGACUCGGCCGAUCCAUUCUGCUGCAACGGGAACGAUCCAGUAGCGCAUCUGCAGUACCCCACCAUCUACGGCGACCAGAUCAAGCAGUUCGUCAGCGACAAGCUGAAAUAG